CCGCCUGGUGCGAGACGCCAAUAUGGAGCCCGAGGACUUGCCGUGGCCCGGCGAGCUGGAGGAGGAGGAGGAGGAGGAGGAUGAGGAUGGGGAGGUGUUGAAGAACGAGUUAGGGGCUGCGACCGAGGGGGCGGAGGAGGCCCGGACCUCUGAGGAGACCACGGGAAUGGAAGAGUUUAACGAGGCGGAGCCCGAAGUGGACUUGGAUUUUAACUGCGAGUCCCAGCCGCUGGAGAGCACGGACGAAGAGGAGGACGAGAUGGCUAAAGCCUGGUUGGAGGCUCAGCCUGUCCAAGCUACUAGACUUGUCCCUCCGCCCCCGCCCCCGCGGCACCUGUACCCUGCUCUGCUGAAGCACCAGGACCAGGCGAAGGGAGCAGAAUCUUGGCAUUGUCUUCCUCAAGAAAGGGACUCUUCCAAAACCGUGGAUACAUAUCAGACUGGGACUAGUAGAAGAGAGGGAACGGAAGAAAUACAAUUCUCUCUGGAGGAAGGUGAAUUGGCUCAGUCACAGCUUCCAGUAAAGGAACUCUUUUGUUCUCCAUUGCAAAUGAUACAGGAUAAUUUUGCAGCCCCUGAUUUGCCUUUGCUGACGUAUUUGACACAAGACAAGGAGUUGGAGCCUGAUUCCUUGUUUCAACAAAAUGAACUAGAAUUUACACCUUUGAGAGGUAUUUCUGAUAAGUCUGAAGAUACUGAAUGGCUUUCUCGACCAUCAGAAGUUAGUGAAGCUUUAAUCCAGGCCACCUCAGAAACAUCUUCAGACUUAUUUAACAGUUGCCUUAGUAUAUCACAACAUCCACUCACAGGUAGCAUAACUUUUGGGUCUCAGCGCUCUCUUUUUCUAUCUGAACAAGAGAAUAAUGGAGGGAUUGCGCCACCUAAUGCUCGUGAUGAACUGAAAAGCCCGAAUGACUCUGAUCAUUAUGAUGCCCUGUAUUCAUAUAUGUCAUGGCAGACAGAAAAGGACACUCAGCAGCCAGAAGACAACUUGGCUGAAAAAGACCUAGUUUCCACUUCAGCUUUGUCUGAUGUUAGUGAUGAAAGCAUAGCUGCUAAAAGAAAGGACAGUUUUGAUGCUUCUUGUUCUCGUGUUCAGUAUUGGGGACUGGAAGCCUUACAACAUACUGAAACAUGUCUAGCCAGUGAAGAUCAAGCUUCCUUCCCAUUUGAAAUUACUCCUCCUCCUAAUAAAAUGUCAUACUCUUUCCUACGAUCCAUGUUGGAAAGAAGAAAAGCUUCCUUGACCUCUGUUCACCAUCUUGAGAAUGUUUGUUUAAGGGCUUCUGCUAAGGAUGAAAUGAGUCAAAAGAAUGAUGUUUUGGAGGGUUAUGAAAGAAAUGAAGAUAUGCAGAAAGAAUUAUCACAAUUUUUUAAGCAAAAGGAGUCUAGAAAUAGUUUGGCAUUUUCUCAGGUGCAUGUCAAAUCUCCAGAGAUAAAGUAUACUGGGAUGGUCACCAUCCGUGAUAGUCAUGAACAAGUUUCAGAAGCAAAUAUACUCUCUAGAAGACUUCAUACCUCUGAGCUGGAGGGUUCUAGUGGUCCUCUUCGGACAGUUAAAUCCAACUUGGGUGAUACAUCAGAACAACGGUAUUUUCAAGAGGAAAGAAACCAAAAUGCAGCUUCUACUUUUGGUGAGAAAAAUGUUGGUGCUACUGAAAAUGUAGCCUUUGAGGCAGUUAUUGCCUCAAUUGAGCCUUCUAAGCAAGAGAGUCCUAUAAAUGAAAUCCAAACUGACAACAGGAAACCAUUAGCAGAUGACAGCCAAGAGAGAGAAUCCCCAAAACCAGAUCUUUCCCAAUUAAAUUGUAACGAUGAAAACUCUUUCAUUGAUAAGCUUAAGCGUCCAAAAUUCCAGUCUACUCCUGGAGUGUUUGAAUCAGCAGCUUCAAAACUAUUCUUGCAUAAAGAAGAUGAUGCUAGCUCCCUAUAUGGGCAUCCAAAUUUAUCACCUCCUAAUGCUCUUCAGGACAUGCUCAGUAAACCGAUUUCUGUCAUUCCAGAGCUUAAGUUAUCUACUUUAAAUGAAAACGCUUACAGCCAGGCUGUUGGUCUUGAGCAAACACAAUCAGCUUUAUUUCAGUGCGCGCUAAACAAUCUAAACCUUACAGAGAAGGUAGGACCUUCAAAAAUUAUUUUUGCAAUGAAACUGUCAACUUCAGAUUCUUGGGUUUUACAAGAUUUAAAGCUGCAGACCUUUGAAGAAGUUGCAGAUUCCUCAGACUUUAAUUUGGAGAGCCUGCAGGGGAAGGCUGAAUCUGCUGUUUUUACUCUGUGUGGUGAUGCUGAGUAUUCCAGCCUGUAUGGAAAUCCUGGUGUAUACAAUGAAAGAAUUGCUGAAUUACAAAGAGAGGUAGACCGUUCUAAUCUGGCCAUUAGCGAGCCUUUUCCAUCUCAAGAGCCAUCCAGUGAGUCAGAAUGUCAUUCUUCCAAUCUCAGAAUGUUGAGGGUAUCUCCUGACACUCUGCCAACAACUCUUACACGUUCAACAGGAGACAUUUCUAAAGGAAGCAAAGCUACUCAUUCCAAGUUGAAAUCAGAUAUCACAGACACUCGUGGAGACUCAGACAUUGGAACACACUUAUCUUUGCCCCUUGAAGAUUUCACUCGGUUUGCUCAGGUUGUUCCAGAAGGCAGUCUAUCUGAAGAGGCUCUCAAAGGUUCAGUUCAUCUUGGACUAGCUACCCAAAGUACUGGAGUAUCACCUGUAAGCUCUUCUUCCUAUUCACAAAGAGAAAACCCCAGUCUUUCAUAUCAAGAGGGCUUGCCAGAUGGUUAUGAAUUUGGUCAGGAACUGACAGUUUCAGCAUUUCCUGGACAAGCUGAUCAGAAGAAUGGUUUUUCAGUAGUGACUCCUACUUUGUAUUCACAAAGAGAAAAGCCUGGUAUUUUCUAUCAACAAGCCAGGACAGGUGGUUAUUUACCUGAAGAGACUCCAGAGGCACCAGCUGCUCCUAGGCUGGGUGACCAGAAGAGUAGCUUUCCAACAGUAACUUCUUCUUACUUACAAAGUGACAAGCCUGGUGUUUUCUAUGAACAGGCCUUGACAAGCAGUCAUUUACCUGAAGACAUUAUAAUAUCUUCAGCUGCUCCUAGGCUGGGUGACCAGAAGAGUAGCUUUCCAACAGUAACUUCUUCUUACUUACAAAGUGUCAAGCCUGGUGUUUCCUAUGAACAGGCCUUGACAAGAGGUCAUUUACCUGAAGAGACUGUAAAAUCUCCAGCUGCUCCUAGGCUGGGUGACCAGAAGAGUAGCUUUCCAACAGUAACUUCUUACUUACAAAGUGACAAGCCUGGUGUUUCCUAUGAACAGGCUUUGACAAGCAGUCAUUUACCUGAAGACAUAAGAUCUUCAGCUGUUCCUAGGCUGGGUGACCAGAAGAGUAGCUUUCCAACAGUAACUUCUUCUUACUUACAAAGUGACAAGCCUGGUGUUUCCUAUGAACAGGCCUUGACAAGAGGUCAUUUACCUGAAGAGACUAUAAAAUCUUCAGCUGCUCCUAGGCUGGGUGACCAGAAGAGUAGUUUUCCAACAGUAACUUCUUACUUACAAAGUGACAAGCCUGGUGUUUUCUAUGAACAGGCCUUGACAAGCAGUCAUUUACCUGAAGACAUAAGAUCUUCAGCUGCUCCUAGGCUGGGUGACCAGAAGAGUAGCUUUCCAACAGUAACUUCUUCUUACUUACAAAGUGACAAGCCUGGUGUUUCCUAUGAACAGGCCUUGACAAGAGGUCAUUUACCUGAAGAGACUUUAAAAUCUUCAGCUGCUCCUAGGCUGGGUGACCAGAAGAGUAGCUUUCCAACAGUAACUUCUUCUUACUUACAAAGUGACAAGCCUGGUGUUUCCUAUGAACAGAGUUUGACAAGCAGUCGUUUACCUGAAGACACUGUAAAAUCUUCAGCUGCUCCUAGGCUGGGUGACCAGAAGAGUAGCUUUCCAACAGUAACUUCUUACUUAAAAAGUGACAAGCCUGGUGUUAAUGAACAGAGUUUGACAAGCAGUCAUUUACCUGAAAAGACUAUAAAAUCUUCAGCUGCUCCUAGGCUGGGUGACCAGAAGAGUAGCUUUCCAACAGUAACUUCUUACUUACAAAGUGACAAGCCUGGUGUUUCCUAUGAACAGAGUUUGACAAGAGGUCAUUUACCUGAAGACACUGUAAAAUCUUCAGCUGCUCCUAGGCUGGGUGACCAGAAGAGUAGCUUUCCAACAGUAAUUUCUUACUUACAAAGUGACAAGCCUAGUGUUUACUAUGAACAGGCCUUGACAAGCAGGCAUUUACCUGAAGAGACUAUAAAAUCUUCAGCUGCUCCUAGGCUGGGUGACCAGAAGAGUAGCUUUCCAACAGUAACUUCUUCUUACUUACAAAGUGUCAAGCCUAGUGUUUCCUAUGAACAGGCCUUGACAAGAGGUCAUUUACCUGAAGAGACUAUAAAAUCUCCAGCUGCUCCUAGGCUGGGUGACCAGAAGAGUAGCUUUCCAACAGUAACUUCUUACUUACAAAGUGACAAGCCUGGUGUUUCCUAUGAACAGGCCUUGACAAGAGGUCAUUUACCUGAAGAGACUGUAAAAUCUUCAGCUGCUCCUAGGCUGGGUGACCAGAAGAGUAGCUUUCCAACAGUAACUUCUUCUUACUUACAAAGUGACAAGCCUGGUGUUUCCUAUGAACAGGCCUUGACAAGAGGUCAUUUACCUGAAGAGACUGUAAAAUCUUCAGCUGCUCCUAGGCUGGGUGACCAGAAGAGUAGCUUUCCAACAGUAACUUCUUCUUACUUACAAAGUGACAAGCCUGGUGUUUUCUAUGAACAGGCCUUGACAAGCAGUCAUUUACCUGAAGACACUGUAAAAUCUUCAGCUGCUCCUAGGCUGGGUGACCAGAAGAGUAGCUUUCCAACAGUAACUUCUUCUUACUUACAAAGUGACAAGCCUGGUGUUUUCUAUGAACAGAGUUUGACAAGCAGUCAUUUACCUGAAGAGACUAUAAAAUCUUCAGCUGCUCCUAGGCUGGGUGACCAGAAGAGUAGCUUUCCAACAAUAACUUCUUACUUACAAAGUGACAAGCCUGGUGUUUCCUAUGAACAGAGUUUGACCAGCAGUCGUUUACCUGAAGACACUAUAAAAUCUUCAGCUGCUCCUAGGCUGGGUGACCAGAAGAGUAGCUUUCCAACAGUAACUUCUUACUUACAAAGUGACAAGCCUAGUGUUUCCUAUGAACAGGCCUUGACAAGAGGUCAUUUACCUGAAGAGACUAUAAAAUCUCCAGCUGCUCCUAGGCUGGGUGACCAGAAGAGUAGCUUUCCAACAGUAACUUCUUACUUAAAAAGUGACAAGCCUGGUGUUUCCGAUGAACAGGCCUUGACAAGCAGUCAUUUACCUGAAGACAUUAUAAAAUCUUCAUCUGCUCUUAGGCAGACUGACCAGAAGUUUGAUGUUCCAGCUUCAGCCUCUACUGGUACAUAUACUGAUUUCUACCAACAGGAGUUGCCACAGAAUCACUUAAGUGAAGAGUCUACACAAGGUUUAGCUCUUCCUGUGUCACCUGUCCAGAACAUUGGGAUAACUGCACUGCCAUCUACUUCUCAUCCACAAGGAGAAAAGCCUCAUACCUUUUAUCACCAGGCUUUGCCAGAAAGUUAUUUGAGUCAUCAGGCUUUCAAAACUUCUAAGUCACCUGAUGAGCUAUCUGGUAUGUCAGCUCUAACCUCUGCUUCCUACUCAUAUAAAGAGAGGCCUAGUAUUUCUCAUAUGCAGAAGUUUCCAGACAGCCACCUAACUGAAGAGACCCACAAAGUCUUGGGUACUACUGGAUCAGUAGACCUGAAAACAGUGACACAAACAGUAUCCUCUACUUCUGGUUCAUCAAAAGAAACACCUAGUAUUCUCUACCAGCAGGCCCUGCCAGGUGGUCUUUUGCCUGGAGAGUCUCUGAAAGUUUCAGCUGCUCCUAGACCACCUGACCAGAGCACUGGAGCGUCAACAGUAUCUCCUAGUUCUUACCCCUCCACAGAAGAGUCCAUUAUUUUUUACCAGCCUGGCUUGCCAGGUAACCCUUUAUCCACAGAGUCUUUCAAAGUUGCAGGGAUUUCUGCACCAACUGAGCAGAGGACUGGUACACCAGCAGGACCCUCCGGUCCCUACCCAGUUGGGGAGAAGCCCAUUAUUUUCUACCAACAAGCCUUACCUGAGGAGAUUCUGCAAGCUUCAGCUGUUCCUGGCUCAUCUGCCCAGAACACUACGACAUCAGCCAUAUCUUCAAGUUCCUACCCCUCUGGACAGGAGCCCCUCAUUUUCUACCAACCUGGUUUGCUAGACAGUCCUCUAACUGCAGAGAAGUUAAAGGUGGCAGCUGUUUCUGGAUCAGCUAAGCAGAAGACUGGUAUAUCAACAAGGCCUUCAAGUUCCCUUGCAGUUGGAGUUAGAGAGAAGUCUAUUAUUUUCUACCAACAGGCCUUGUCAGAUGGUCAUCUUCCUACAGAAGCUUCUGCAGGACCAGCUGAUCUGAAGAGUGGGGAGCCAUCAGUACAUUCUACUUCCUAUUCUUUUAGAGAAAAGCCCAUUAUUAUCUACCGUCAGUCAGCUAGUCAACUAACUAAGGAAGGUCACAAAGCUUCGGUUGCUUCUGGACCAACUGAUGAGAAGAGUGGGCCACCUGUCAUCAUUUCUUUUCCGUACUCAAAUCCAGAGUAUGAAAAAGUCCUGAAUGCUUCUUCUCACCAAGAGUUGCCAUAUACUCAUCUAACUGAAAACACUAAGAAAGGUUCAGUUGUUUCUGGACCAAAUGACCAGAAGACUGGGAUACUAACACCACCUUCUACUUCCCACUUAUCCAGAGAGAAGCCUACCAUAUCUUACCAGCAAGAGGUUCCAGAUCUUAGUGAAAAAGCUUUGAAAGUUUUAGGUGGUGUUGGACCUACUGCACAGAAAACUGAAACACCUUCUGUUCCCUUACUUAGAGAGAGGCCUAGUGUCUCUUACCAGCAGGAUUUACCAGAUCUUACUGAAGAAGCCUUGCAAAUUUUAGGUGUUCCUGGAGUAGUGCCUUCUGUCUCUUACUCACAUGAUGAGAUGCCCCUCAUCUCUUACCAGCAGGAGUUAGCAGAUCUUACUGAAAUAUCUUUGAAAGCAGCAGGCUCUGGCUCUACUGAUCAGAUGACGGGGUCACAGGUAGUCUUCCACUCAAGUAGAGAGAAGCUUAGUGGUUUUCAUCAGCAGGAGUUGCCAAAUACUGGUAGAGCUGCAGUAGGUGCUUUUGUUCAUCCUGGACCAGCUGUCCAAAAGGCUGAGAAACCGACAGAACCUUUAAGCUACUACCCACAGACAGAGGCCAAUGCUUUAUCUCCACAGGAGUUUUUGGCCAGCCACCUAACAGAAGAGGCUGGCAAAGCAUCAGCUGGUUCUGUGCACUCAGCACAGACGCCUGGGGCACCAACAGGACCUUCUAGUUCUUAUGUCCAUAGAGAAAAGUUCAUUGAUUUUUACCCAAAGGCCUCACUAGAUCACAACCUAACUGAAAAUUCUCUGAAGGCUUCAACUGUUCUUGAAUUAUCUGACCAGAACAGGAGACCUUCAAUCUCCUUUGGUUCCUACUCACACAAGGAUAUUUCAGUUGCAGAUCCACAGGACCAGAAUACUGUGUCGCCAACAGUUACUCACAGGUUCUACAUACAUAGAGAGAAGCCUGCAGUUUCAACUGUGAACAGGCCAGAUGACCAAAAGACUCCAGUACCAACAGCUGUUCAUGAUUCCUACGCUGAAAAAGUAAAACCAGUUAAUAUUGUUCAAAAACAGUUAUCAGAUAGAGAUCAAAGUGGAGAUAUUCCGAAGAUUUCAACUGUCUCUGAACCAACUGUUGUAAGCACAGCUUCACCAGCCCCUCUGUCCGGUUACUAUUCUCACAGAGAGGAGUCGGAUACGUUUUACCCACAAGAACUGUCAGACAGACAUCUAACUGAAGAUUCUCUGAAGGUUUCAAGUGGCCUUAGUCAAGCUGACCAGAUUUCGGGUUCAUCUACAGUUUCUUUUGGUACUUAUUCACACAGUGAAAACCACCAGGUUGUGUCAGAACAUGCCCAAAAGCUGAUAGAUCAUUUGAAUUCUCCUGAGUCUUGUCUCAGUACAAACAGUAUACCCUUAAAUUCACAAAUUGAUGAUGGAGUUACCAUGUGUAAGCCAGAAUCUUCAGGUUUUGGCGAUGUUGGCUAUGAAGAAAUCCGGGAUAUAGAUCCUGGUUCCAAAACUCUUAAAGAAAUUCGGACUCUUUUAAUGGAGGCAGAAAAUAUAGCACUGAAACGAUGCAAUUUCCCUGCUCCCUUAGUCCCUUUCAGAGAUGUUAACGAUGUUUCAUUUAUACAAUCCAAGAAGGUGGUUUGCUUCAAAGAACCCCCCACAACUGAUGUUCGUGCCCAAAGGGGGCUGUUUACAGAGGAAGUCCCACACGUGGAGUAUGAACAAAAGGACAUUGGCACACAGACGAACCUUAUGUGCCAGAGGGGUGUUGAAAAUUGGGAGUUUAUUAGUUCAACUACAAUUAGAAGUCCUCUACAGGAAGCAGAAAGCACAGCUAGAGUGUCAUUUGAUGAAACUUUCAGGCCGUAUGAUGCUGCCAGGUCUGUAAUGAGGUCUGAAACUGAAGGUUACAGAACAGGCAUUGGGAAUAAAAUUAUUAUCCCUAUGAUGACAAUCAUAAAGAGUGACUCGAGUAGUGACGUAAGUGAUGGUUGCUACUCAUGGGACAGUAAUUUACCGGAGACUUUAGAAUCCGUUUCUGAUGUUUUUCUAAACUUCAUUCCAUAUACUUCAACCAAGACAAGCAUACCAGAUAGCAGAGAAGAGGAGGGGUUGUCAGAGAGUGAGGAUUACUGUGGUAGUGUAGAUUCAUUGGGUGCACAUGUGAAGUACCUUCUGCAGUGCGAAUCCUCACUGAAUCAAGCCAAACAGAUACUUAAAAAUGCAGAGGAGGAAGAGAGUCGGGUCCGAGCCCAAGCCCGAGCCUGGAAUCUAAAGCUUAAUUUAGAACGUGAUUAUGGAUACUCCAUUUCAGAAUUAAAUGAAGAUGACAGGAGGAAAGUAGAAGAGAUAAAGGCAAAGUUGUUUGGUCAUGGAAGAGCAACUCACUUGUCUGAGGGCUUGCAGAGUCCACGGGGAAUAGGAUGUGUGCCCGAAGCUGUAUGUAGUCACAUUGUUAUUGAGAGCCGUGGGAAAGAAUGUUUCAGGACUCUGACUGCUGAACAACCACGACCAGACAGCCGCCGUUGUGUUUUCCGGUCUGUUGAACCUGCAGACUUGAUUAGAGGACAACGGAGCCCAUCAUCAUGGAGAGGCAGGCACAUCAACCUUUCCAGAUCGAUAGAUCAGAGCAAUUCCCAUUUCCAAGUUUGGAAUUCCUUUCAGUUACAAAAUCAUUCCCCAUUUCAAAAACUUGCACCCAGUGACAUCAAAAUUAGCAAGGGUCUUGGAAUGUCAUUCCAUGCAAACAUGGACUCCCAGCCAUCAGGAUUAGUAGAACCUACUUGUGUGCCAGCUAAAGAAAUGGAUUUUCCUUCCUCAUCACAAAUGCUGCCCCCUGACCCCAAGAAGCAGUUUACUACCUCCAUCACUUUUUCUUCUCAUGUACACUCUAAGUGCAUUUCCAGUCCCUCUGUUUUUAAGGUUGAUGUUACUGCAGGUAGCCAGAGUAUUGGACCGUCAGCCUCAGGGGUAUUUAAGCCUCAUAUCCCUGAAGAGUACAUUUCUCCUAGAACUCUUAAACAGAAAACCUUUUUCCCUUCAUCACUUAAAAGACAUAGUCAUUCACCAGUGACUGUAGGUAGUAGGCAAGGGCAAAAUUUACCUCUUGGUUUUGAGCAUUUUCAUCAAAAAGAAGAACUCUUAGAAAAAUCAGAUUUUAAAGUCAGCCGUUCUGAAUCUUGUGUCAGUACAAAUUACAGCAGUUUCAGGGGAGUUCAGUUUUCUGGUAAGGAUACCGUCAUUAACCAGGACAAACUAAGUCCCACACUAGAGGUAAAAGAGAAGAAGGUAACUAUAACUCCUGAUCUUCCUUCUUGCAUUUUUCUUGAACAACGAGAACUCUUUGAGCAAAGCAAAGCCCCCCAUCAUGAAAUAAGAGAAGACCUCUCUUUCUUUCCUAAGUGCCAGGAUUAUAUAGUUGCAGACCUUCCUUCUGAUUUUCUUGAUGAGCAGCAAUGUGAUGCCCCAGAUGUAGAUGGCCACAUGAGAGCACAGCAGUACCCCCUUUCUCAAGGUCAGGAUUGCUCAGUAGAAAAGAUUGAGCACGUACCUCAGUCAUACUUUUCUAAUAUGGUAAAUAUUGAAGCCAAGGUCAGUAAUAUCUCCCAGUCAGCCCCUGACCACUGCACAGAUCCAUGUUCUCCAUCAAAUAGAAAAGCACUUUCAUGUGUUCGUAUAACUCUUUGUCCCAAGACUUCUUCCAAGUUGGAUAGUGGAACCUUAGAUGAAAGGUUUCAUUCAUUGGAUCCUGCUUCUAAAACAAGGACUAAUAGUGAGUGUAAUGCUGAUCUGCGAAUUAUAUCAUCAAGGUCAUUGGAACCAACCUCCAAAUUACUGACCUGUAAACCUGUAGCACAGGAUCAAGAAUCUUUAGAUUUUCUAGGACCUAAAUCUCCACUGGACUUGCAAGUCACACAGUCUUCUCUUCCAGAUAGUAAGACUAUUUUUCAGGACUUGAAAGCCAAAACUUCUCAGACUAGCCAGAUAGUAACCUCAAGGCAAACACAAGUGAACAUUUCAGAUUUGGAAGAAUAUUCCAAACCAGAGGGGACUCCAGUAUCUGCAGAUGGUUUACAAGAACAGAGUAAGGCUCCCUUUCUUACGUCCUCUGGGAAGUUAUCGUCUGAUGCAGUCACUCAGAUAACAACAGAAAGUCCAGGGAAGACCACAUUUUCAUCUGAAAUUUUUAUUAAUGCUGAUGAUCUUGGACAGGAAGUUCUAGGCCCUGUGGUCCAAAAGUUAUCCAAGUUUGCCUCAUCAUCCUCAGUGCAGCAAAUCACAGCUUCUCAUGACAAAGACGUCCAGCCUCAAGUGUUGCCUUAUAAGCCAUCUGGUACUUCGAGGAUGUACUAUGUUCAACAAUUAGAAACAGCUCCUUCAUAUUUGGAUUCCAAGUCAGAUACCACUGUUGAGAGCUCACAUUCAGGGUCCAAUGAUGCUGUUGCCCCAGACUUUCCACCUCAAGUGCUAGGCACAAGAGAUGAUGACCUCUCUGGCACUGUGAACAUUAGACACACAGAAGGGAUCUAUAGCAAGAGGACUGCAGCAAAGGGGAAGACUCCCUCUCAGAAAGAGGCCCCGGUUCAAGUGCCUGUAACUGGGGAUGAAACUGUCUCGGAUAGAAAACAGAAGGAGAUCAUCAGUAGAGGGGUUGUGAUCAAAAUGGCAAGACCUGAAGAAAGAACUUCCCUGCAGAAGGACCCUGCAGGUUCCAGUAGUAGCACUGUACAAGUCAGAAAAACUAAAAACCUGCCAGACACUAAAUCCACUAAACAGAAGGAAGAGAUCCAUGUUAAGAGGACCAUCCCUCAGGAACUCUGCCCAGAGGACAGAUCCUUAGAGAUAGAUAUUUCAGACUCUGAGUGUCAUUCAGCAUUUGAGAAUACCACUCACUCUGUCUUCAGAUCAGCCAAGUUUUACUUCCAUCAUCCAGUGCAUCUGCCCCACGAGCAAGAUCUCUGCCAUGAGUCUUCAGGAAGAAGUGUUUUCAUGCAGCAUUCUUGGAAGGAUUUCUUUCACCAUCAUUCAGAACACAGCUGCCUUCCUCCUUCUGACCCAUGUGUGGACAAGACCAAGAUGGAUUACACCAGAAUUAAGAGCCUCAGCAUCAAUUUGAACUUGGGAGACAAUGAAAAGAUGCAUACUGUCAAGCAUCAGGCCAAAGAUCCAAAAGGCAAAAGACAGACAGAUGACCAAAAAAAAGAUCAGAAGGUCACCCCAGAGCUAACAACACAGUGCACUGCAAAUUUGAAUGAGCUCUGGAACAAGUACCAGGAGCGACAGAAGCAGCAGAAACCGCCCGGCGUUUGCGAGAAGAAAGAACUCUCUUUAGUGGAACGACUCGAUCGUUUGGCUAAAAUGCUUCAGAAUCCCAUCACACAUUCACUACACGCCUCAGAAAGUACACAAGAUGAAAGCAGAGGGGACCAAGGAGUGAGGGGGUGGACUGGGAAGAGGCAACAGAAAAGCAAGCAGCAGAGAAAGUGGUGUAAAAGCGAAGAGUGGGAUCAGAAUGCAGGUGAACAUAGGAAAAGCAGAGUGCUUUCUCCUUAUCCUACUGGGAAAUCCAGUCAGAUUAAGAUUGAGCGGAUUAAAUUAGAUAAGUACAUCCUGAGAAAACAGCCAGAUUUUAAUUAUGUAAGCAAUACCUCCUCGGAUUCUAGACCCUCAGAGGACAGUGAGUUCCUCACAGAUAGUCCCAACAUUUUUUCCAGCACUACUUCUCCCGUGGACUCGGAUGUAUUGACCCAAACUGAUAGGGAUGUGACUUUAAACGAAAGGAGCAGCUCCAUAUCCACCAUUGAUACAGCCCGGUUGAUACAAGCUUUUGGCCAUGAAAGACUGUAUUUGUCACCCAGGCGUAUUAAAUUAUAUAACAGUGUCACUGAUCAACAAAGGAGAAACCUUCAGGCGCAGUGCAAGAACAGCAGGAUGGCAGUGAACACAGGCUGUCCCCAAAUGACUUCUGAGAACCCCAGAAGGAAGCACAUCCAGGUGACAAACCAUAUGAUUUCUUCUGACUCCGUUUCAACUGCUGGUAGUUUCCUGAGCUUGGAUUCUACUCUUUCCAAUGAGGAAAAUGUGCACGUGUUAGACAAGGGUGUGCAAGCUGGUAAAUUGGAGAUUGUGACUGGUGCCAAAAAACACACUCGGGAUGUUGGGGUGACUUUCCCAAGCCCGGCUUCUGGUGAGGCCAGAUUGGAAGAGGACAGUGGUGUGACUUCCUGGCCAAUAGAAAAAGCCAAAGAGAAAAAGUUCCUUACCCACUAUCUGCGGGCCAGAAACUUAGGGAAGAAGCAGCCAAGUCCCCAUGAAGGAGUCUCCUGGUUUGUUCCUGUGGAAAAUGUAAAGUCUGGAUCUAAGAAGGAAAAUCUGCACAAGAUUUACAGCCCUGGCAUCUCUUGGUUUGAACCAGUAACCAAAACCAAACCCUGGAGGGAGCCACUAAGAGAACAAAACUGGCAGGAGCCAUGCCUGAUGAGUCAUGGGGUUCAGGGAGGCCCAGAUGGAGGAGGUGGCCCGGUUUCUCUUAGGCCAUUUGUGAGAGUCACCCUGCAGGAAGCACUUCAGCUUCACAGACCUGACUUCAUCUCCCACUCUCGGGAGCGGAUGAAGCGCCUGAAGUUUCUAGUCCAGGAGAGGAAGCUACAGAACCUGCUCCAGAGCGAACGGGAGUCUCUGUUCAACACUGUGCAGCCCCUGCCCAGGAGAGUCCACCUGGCCAUCCAGAAGACCAAGCCUAUUGGAAAGAAUGAAAUGAUUCAAAGGACCAAGCGGAUUUAUGAGCAGCUUCCAGAAGUGAAGAAGAAGAGAGAAGAGGAGAAGAGGAAAUCAGACUAUAAAUCCUACCGGCUGCGAGCUCAGCUCUAUAAAAUGAGAAUAACCAAUCAACUCCUGGGGAGAAAAGUGCCUUGGGACUGACAUAAGACUACUUUCCUCAGAGCCUAAGAAUAGUUUUUUAUGAGUCCAAAGAAGCUAAUUUAUACUUUAAAUGAGUGUGAUUUAAUAAAGCUUUGUGUUUGUCUAUGUGUGAUUUAGUAACUGUGGGGUCUGGGGCAGCAGCAGAGAAGCUGGUGGUUUGGAAGCAGACCUCCCUUCUCCACUGAGACCUUGCCCACAGGCUGUGUGUAGGCAUACUUAAAUUUUUUUAUAUGUUUCUUAUAUCUUUUUCUCCAUACUCUACUCCAAUCCCUUAACACUCCAACACCAGGUAGGAGAGGGAAAGGGUUAGUGGGAGAGGGGCACAGUUCUCUUAACUGCUUCCUGCUGGUCAGUCAUUGCGUGUGUUGGAGCCAGUCUAAUUCUCAUUUCAGGAGACCUCCAACUUCUUGUCUCACAACAGCAAUCAGGAGCAGCAAGGGGGAAGCAAGAACAGCCUUGUUCUUUCCUUACUCCACACUCUCCAGAGUCCUCAGAUUUGAACUAUCUGCAGCUGGCAAAAGCGCCUCUCAGAGCCCAGAUGAAGCUAAUAGUCUGUUUCUGUGGACCAUCUGAAUCAGUCCCACAUCCCACACCUGCGACCAAAACAAAAUCAUUUUUGUAUCCACAACAGCCAUGCUUCACACCGGAACUCCGAGUUCUAGAAGAGGGAGCCUCUGUUUGUAUGCGCUUUUAUACCUUUAGAAAAUAAACCGCUGCUGAUUGACUCAUAGUGAAACAAGCAGCAAAAGGUAAUUUCUCUCCCAUGUGAAGCGGAGCAGGGAGCUGGCAGAUGUGCCCUGCUGUGUGGAGGGACGUGGGCUCACAGAAUGGAGUCACAGCGUGCUGUGGUGAUGUGUGCUGCUCACUGUGGGCUUGUUUGGGAUGUUUGGUCCAUGGCCACACAUCACCUGCCCAGAAGGCUCCCAGCCUUUGGCAGGUCUUCCUCCACUGGCUCAUUUGUGGAAUUGAAGCCUCAGACCACCCCUCAUCUCACAUGAAACUAUUCACAAUGUAGAACAACUUCUAGAAAAGAAGUAUCAAUAAAUGAUU